AUGGCAUCAGUACUCGGUCAGUCUCUGGUGUCUCAGCAUCACGGCAUGUCAAAACCUUAUCUGUUCUGUGGCUUGGAACUGCUGCUGCUGUUGUUCGUCUCAGUUAAUGGCUUGAUUUUGCCGGAACACAAUUGCACACCAUAUUUCACAUACGGCAUCGAAGAUGGUAAAACCUACUUCGGGCUUUUUACCGCUCCCAUGGCUGGCCUUCCUAGCAUAUCCUGGAAUGUUUCCUUCGUGUGGCAAGGGUCUGCAGUAAGUCCUAUUGCCUCGUGGGAUCAUUAUCCGAAUAGAACUGAGGCUAUACAGAGUAUUAACAGUGGACGACGUGCCCAGCUUAUAGCGCGAUUUAGGAACAUCAAUGAGCAGCUGCCGAUACUCGUAGAUCUCCAGGUUAAUGGCGAAACGUUGUGCAGUAACCAGGGAUAUGGAAACAGAGUUACAACCACUCGCGGCAUUUCCGCCACUAAACCAAUCAGAAGAAUUUACAACUCUCGCCCCGAAGUGUUGCCUAAUUUUCCAACAAUAGCCCCAAAAGAAGGUUCGACGAGGAGGUUGAAUUUAUGGAAUUUUAAAUGUUCAAGUGCUUAA